AAUGUUUUGUCUUUCUUUGUGUGAAAACCGUGAAAAUUCUACGGAUCGGUUUAUCUGUAGAUUAGACAAUUUGGAUGGUAUGAAUUGUAAGGUAGUUCUACAAAUUUAGACAUCUCGCCCCAGAGUCACCAGGGGUUCUGACGAAAGAACGGAGGCCGACAGUAGAAUCAUUCACCACUUAACGGAAACAAUCUACUAGGCCCGCAAAGUCUUGCUAUACAUCACAAUCUAAGACGUUAAGUUGUUAUGCUCACGAACCGUUGACAACUGAAAAGCGCAUUUCGUGACUGUGUGAACCGUGGAUAAUCGGUAAUCAAGUCUUGUUAUCAGUAGCCAAGCGGGGUACACAUAUAAUGUUGCUUAAAACACAUCUAGAUUUAAUCACCGGUCCGGUGGAUCGUGCCCUAGCGGGAAAGGCACCCUGGCAGAUUGUGGCCAUAACAACAACCACUGUUCUUAGUGCCGUCUGGUUGUGGGAGCUGCUCAGUGAGGACGAAAGUCUCUAUUCCCGCAUCCGGCGUCGCUUUUUCAAAAUUGCCCGCAAGCUACCGGCAGUGCAGCGGAAGAUUGAUGGGGAAAUUAAAAAAAUCAACGACGGUUUCGUACGAGAAGCUUCCCAGUAUGGGAAGUUCACCACCGUUCUACCACAGGACGGCCUAACUGACGAGCAGAUAUUGCAAAAGGUAGACGAUUAUCUGGCGCUUGGUCACUACAAAUGGAAGGAGGGCUUUAUAUCUGGUGCCGUUUACUACUAUAACCCGAAGCUAGUGAAACUUGUUACCGAUGUGUACGGAAAGGCUUCCUAUACCAACCCACUCCAUGCGGAUGUUUUUCCUGGCAUUUGUAAGAUGGAAGCCGAAGUGGUUCGAAUGACAGCUACUCUGUUCAGUGGGGGAAGUAAUGCCUGCGGAACGAUGACAACCGGUGGGACGGAAUCCAUCAUGAUGGCUUGUAAGGCUUAUCGAGACUACGGUCGAAGUGUGAAGGGUAUUACGAAGCCCAACAUUGUACUGCCAAAGACAGCGCAUACGGCGUUCGAUAAAUCAGCCAAGUACUUUGGAAUGUACACUAAAACGGUUCCGGUGAAUCGAGAAACCACCGAAGUAGAUCUAAGGGCUAUGGAACGCGCUAUUAACCGUAAUACGGUAAUGCUAGUUGGUUCCGCUCCGAACUACCCGUAUGGAACUAUGGAUGAUAUUGUGGCGAUUGCCAAGCUGGGCAAGAAAUACAAUAUUCCAGUUCAUGUGGAUGCUUGCUUGGGAGGUUUUCUGAUUAUCUUCAUGAAACGCGCUGGAUAUCAGAUUAAACCGUUCGACUUCAGCGUGGACGGAGUUACUAGUAUUUCGGCAGAUACCCACAAGUACGGUUUCACGCCGAAGGGAUCGUCGGUUAUUUUAUAUUCGGAUAAAAUCUACCGACAUCAUCAGUACACAGUAACAACGGAGUGGCCUGGCGGCGUGUACGGUUCACCCACUGUGAAUGGAUCUCGCGCCGGUGGUAUCAUUGCAGCGACCUGGGCGACGAUGAUGAACUUCGGACUUGACGGUUACGUGGAAUCGACUAAACGAAUUAUCGACACCACUCGCUAUAUUGAACAACAGCUUCGUAAAAUUUCUAAUAUAUACCUCUUUGGAACUCCGGCUACCAGUGUGAUAGCAAUUGGUUCGAAGGACUUCGACAUUUACCGUUUGUCGUCUGAAUUGAAUGCGCUCGGCUGGAACUUGAACAGUUUGCAGUUUCCAUCCGGGAUUCACAUAUGCGUGACAUAUAUGCACACUCAAGAUGGCAUAGCGGACAAAUUCGUGAACGACGUUCAAUCCAAAGUAGCGCUUAUUAUGCAGAAUCCCGAAAAACCAGUGGAAGGAAAGAUGGCUAUCUACGGAGUGGCCCAGGCUGUGCCCGAUCGCGAGGUAAUUGGGGAUUUCACCAAAUGUUUCAUCGACUCGAUGUACUAUACUGUAGAAGAAAGCAAGUAAUAUUAACUUGGGCGGGUUUUACUUUAUUAUAAAAAGCGGACUGAAAAGAGAAAAUAUACAUACUCGUUGACAGC